UGGACGAAAUAAAUAUUUGAAGUUCAAUGAAUUAUUCUAUUAUUUUUCGCAUAAAUGGGGUCGUUGUAUGUACUGGAUAUGCACCUUUUAAAAAUAUGCCGGCGUUGAAAAUUUCCAAAAAAAGCAACUCUUUCCAUGGAAUCUCUAAUGUUGAAACUGCCGGAUUUUGUUCAACUCCAUGGAACGCCAUUUUGCAUGUUUUGGUUAAAGGAAACAUGAGUGCACGUUUAUAAAGACAACAAAUCGGAACUAAGCUAAGCUGGCCGCUGCUUGAGGGCCAGUCGUGCCCUCCAUUAAAUUUCCUGUAGAAUUAGAAGCCAGUUUCGAUUCCUAUUUAUAAAAAUGGAUAUCUUCAUCUCAUCUGCAUUUGGAAAUUCACAGAAGAAGAAGGAAAAGAAAAUGAAGAUAUCAGCAGCAGUGGUAGCAGCUGCGUUUUCUCUAGCAUUUAGUUUCAUCCUUGUGAAUUUCACAGGCCAAUGUGACGCUGCUCUUCAACAAGGAUUUUACAAGGGUAAAUGUAAUUCACAAGAUGUUGAGGCCAUUGUUGCUUCAGUAGUUAAACGAAGAUUCAACGACAAACCAAGAGUCGCAGCUGGUCUCAUUCGUUUAUUUUUCCAUGAUUGCUUUGUCAACGGAUGUGAUGCAUCGAUUCUGCUAGACGGUGACUCCAGUGAGAAAACUGCGCCCCCAAAUCUAAGUGUCAGUGGUUAUGAUGUAAUUGAUGAAGCGAAGGGAUUACUUGAAGAAGCCUGUGCAGGAGUUGUUUCUUGUGCUGAUAUCAUCGCCAUUGCUGCUAGAGAUGCUGUACAAUUGAGUGGAGGAGGGCGAUACGAGGUUCAAACGGGAAGAAGAGAUGGUUUCGUGUCUUUGGCUUCGAAUGUAGAUCUCCCUUCUCCAAGGUUUUCGGUUUCUCAAUCUGCUGAUGCAUUUUCCAAAAAAGGGAUUGGUCUUACAGAUAUGGUUUUACUUCUUGGUGGUCACACAAUUGGGUUUACAAAUUGUUCUUUGUUUCGAGACCGUCUUUACAAUUUUGACAACACAGGGAAACCAGACCCGACUAUGGAUCCAUUAUUAGUUAUGAAACUAAGAAUAAUCUGUCCGCAAAACUCACCAGCCGACAGAACCCCUGUAAGUCUUGACCAGAAUCUUGCGAGUACAUUCAUUGUGGACAACUCCUUCUACAAGCAAAUAAGGCUAGGGAGAGGAAUUCUUCAGAUUGAUCAAGCGUUAGCCUUGGACCCAUUGACCAAUAACACAGUCGCCAGUUUAGCCAACGGCAAUGACUUCCUUGCCAGGUUCGGGCAGGCAAUGGUUAAGUUGGGAGCUGUUGAUGUUCUUACAGAUUCACAAGGGGAGAUUAGGGAAUCAUGCCAUCUAAAAAACAAACCCCGCUCUACCUUCCUUUUUGGUUGAUUUGCCUUUGAUUUUUUGUUUCUUUUCUUUAUAUAUGUUCUUUAUUUAUUAUUCUUGGUUAAAUGUUGUUUUUAUGUUCUUGGUCCUUGUUGUGUUCAACGGUACUAUUUUAUUUUAAUCAAAUAACAUGAUCGAGUUCCAC